UGAGAAAAAAUCAACAAAUAGGGUUUACUGUAUAUGAGAUGCUCUGUUAACUCUGGGAUUCUAGUCAUAGGUUCUUGUCUUCAGAGAGCUUCAACUUAAUGGGGAAAGGACAAAUAAUUUAAAAUAAUUGAUUAAGUACUUUAUAAUACAACAAUUAUUUUUAUGAAGGAUAUAGUUAGAGCAAAGGGUCUCAAAAUUUUUCAAACUUUUUACUGUAAGGACCCUUUACACUUAAAAAUUACUGAGGAUUCUCAACAGUUUUUAUAUAUAUUGGUUACAUCUAUCAAUAUUUAACCAUAUUAGAAAUGAAAACUCAAAAAAUUUAAAAAGCAAACAGUACUUUACUGAUAUUAUGAAAAUUGUUUUGAUCCUACAUACUCUCUGAAAGAGUCUCAACUUUCCUUUGAGAAUUACUGUUACAGCAUAUCACAUGGGGUCCUAAUCUGUUCUGAAGCAUUAGGGAGGGCUUUCUUGAAGAAGUGGUAUUUAAACUUAACUUUGGGGUACCUGGGUGGCUCAGUCGGUUAAGCAUCUCCCUUUGGCUCAGGUCAUGAUCCCAGAGUCCCAGGAUCACAUCCUGCAUCAGGCUACCUGCUCAGCGGGGAGUCUACUUCUUCCUCUGAACUUCCAACCUCUUGUACUUUCUCUCUGUCUCUCAAAUAAAUAAAUAACAUCUUAAAAAAUUCAAAAACAAAAAUUUAACCUUAAGGAGGAAUAGAAUUAAGGGCAAAUGAAGGAGAGUACUCUAGGCAGAAAGAAUAAUAAGUGCAAAAGACCUAAAGUAGCACAGAGCUUGGCCUAUUCUUAGAAAAUUUCCUUUUGUGUAAAAUCAGAGAGAAUGUGGAGAGGUAAGGUUUGGAGAGGUCGAGUCAUUCAGAAUCAUGUAGGCUGCCAUAAACUUUGUGCUUUUUCUUAAGGCACUAUUUCUUAAGCUGUGGCCUGUGCACCCACCAUAUCAGAAUCAUCUGAAGUACUUGUUAGAAAUUUGGGUUCCUGAGUCCUACCUUAGGCCUGUUGAAUCACAGUCUAUAUAAAGGUAGGGAGGGGACCCAGGAAUUGUCAUUUUAAACAAUUUUUCUAGAUGAUUGUUACGCACAAUAAAGUUUGAGAGCUAGAAUUCUAAGAUUCUACAUUUUAAGUAGAGGAGUAAAAUUGUAUUUUUUUUUAAAAUUUAAAGUGUAUUUUGGCAAUCAGUAUGAUGAAUUAGAAGGAAAUAAAAUACGUUGUAAAAGGUCACUUAGAAGGUUUUUAUUAAUCUAGGUGAGAGAGAAUGGGAGACUGAUGUAGACUGUGGUAGCAGAAAUGAGAGAGUUCAGAGUGAUUUAAGAGAUAAAAAUCCCAUAGGACCUAAAUGAUUAUUAGAUAUGACAUCUGAUUCAUGGUUUUCUGACUUGAACCAGAAUGAUGAAGGAUGGUAGUGCCCUUUCAUGAUGUGGAAAACUAUAAAGGAAGAACAGGUUUGGGGGAAGGUGAUGAGUACAGAUUUGGACAUGUUGAGUUUGAGUACCUAUAAAUUGUCCAGAUAGGGAAUUGGAUGUAUGGGUUUAAAGAUUCAGAAGAGAUCUAACUGAUAGGUUUUGUUUUCUCUGUGAUGUAAGAGGUGAGUCGUUUGUGGAGUUUGAGGGGAAAAAGUGGGAAUAUUGAACAAGUAUGAGAAGAGUGGAAGAGGGGCGCCUGGGUGGCUCAGUGGGUUAAGCCACUGCCUUUGGCUCAGGUCAUGAUCUCAGGAUCCUGGGAUCGAGUCCCACAUUGGACUCUCUGCUCGGCAGGGAGCCUGCUUCUCUCUUUCUCUCUUUCUCUCUCUCUCUGCCAGCCUCUCUACCUACCUGUGAUCUCUGUCAAAUAAAUAAAUAAAAUCUUAAAAAAAAAAAAAAAAGAGAAGAGUGGAAGAGAUUAUUAAUAAUGGGAAAGCAAUCCAAUUAGAAUAAUGGUAGGCUUGUUGGACACUCUAAUUUUAGUAUAUGUGCGGCCGAAGCGAGCACUUUGUUGAACACUCUAAAGGGCCCAAUGGAGGUUGAUGUCUAUGAAUUUUUUUUUUAACAGUUCUAUUAAGAUACUACUCAGGGUGCCUAGGUGGCUCAGUUGGUUAAGUGCCAAUUCUUGGUUUUGCCCCAGGUCAUGAUUUCAGGGUCGUGAGAUUGAGCCCUGCCUGGGGCUCCUUGCUCAGCAUGGGAUGCUUGAAAUUCUCUCCUUCCCCCUUUACCCCUCCCCCUGCUUGCCCUUACUCUCUCAAACAAAUAAAUAAAUAAAAUCUUUAAAAAGGGAGAUAUAACUCAUAUAAAAUUCACUCUUCUGAAAUGUACAUUCAUGGGUUUUUAGAAUAUUCACAGAGUUGUAUAAUCAUCACUACUAUCUAAUUUUAAAAUAUUUUCAUCUCCCCAAAGAAACUGUAUUCAUUAUUGUUUACUUCCCUUUCCGACUCCUGUCUGUCUUUUUUUCACUUAGCAUAAGGUUCUCAAGGUUUAUCCAUAUUACAUUGUGUAUCAAUACUUUAUGUUUUAUGGUCAAAUAAUAUCCAUUCAGUGGACAGUGCAGCAUUUUUUCCAUUAUCGAUUGUUGGACAUUUGAGUUAUUUCCACUUUUUGACUAUUAUUAAUGUUGCUGUGAACAUUCAUGUACAAGUUUUUGUGUGAAUAUAUUUUUGUAAUUCUUCUGGAUUUAUGCCUAGAAUUGGAAUUGCUGGCUCAUAUGGUAACUAUAUACUUAACUUUUUUGAGAAAUUGCCAGAUUGUUUUCCAAAAUAACUGUACCACUUCAUAAUCCUACAAGCAAUAUGUGAGGGUUCCAAUUUCUCUGUCCUUGUCAGUAGUUGUUAUUAUUCAUCUUUUUUGUUGUAGCCAUCCCAGUGGGUUUGAAGUGGCAUCUCACUGAUUAGCAUUUCCCUAAUGACCUAUGAGAUUGGGCAUCUUUUCAUGUGAUUAUUGGCUAGUUGUGUAUUACCUUUGGAGUAAUAUCUGUUCAAAUCCUUCAUUUUUAAUUGGGUUUUCUGUCUUUUUAUUGUUGAGUUGUAAGAGUUCUUUAUAUAUUCUGGAUAAAAGUCUCUUAUCAGCUGUAUGACUUGCUAAUAUUUCUCCCAUUCUCUGUGUUGUUUUUCACUUUUUGAUUAUGUCCUCAGCAGUUUUAAAUUUUGAUGAGGUCCAGUUUAUAUAAUUUUUCUUUUGUUGCUUGGGCUUUUGGUGUCAUAGCCAAGAAAUCAUUGCUUAAUUCAAGGUUGUAUAAAGAUUUACUACUGCAUUUUCUUAUAAGAUUUUUAUAGUUUUAGCUCUUACAUUUAGGUCUGUAAUUUUUUUUUAAGGAUCUUAUAUAUUGAUUUAUUUUAGAGGGAGAGAGAGAGUGCAUGAGCAGGGGGAGGAGCAGAGGGAAAAGGACAAGCAGACUCCAUCCUGAGUGCAGAGCCUGACAUGAAGCUUGAUCCCAGAAUCCUGAGAUAAUGACCUGAGCCGAAAUUAAAAGUCCAAUGCUCAACUGACUGAGCCACCCAGGUGCCCCUGUUCACCUCUGAAGCUUUCUGAACCCCCUGUCAUAUAUGGGUUUUUCCUUCAUGGUAGUUUUAUUAGGUGUGCAUGAUUGAUAAAUCAUUGGCCAUUGGUGAUGGAACUCAAUCUCCAUUCCUCUUUCUUCCUUGGGUAUCACAGAUGAGGCUAAAAGUUUAGCCUUCUCUAAUUAGGGUUUAUUUUUCUCUGACAGUUAACCCCAUCCUGAAGCUAUCUAGGGGUCCUACAAGUUACUUCAUUAGCGUAAACUCAGGUAUGAUUGGAAGGGGUUUGUCAUGAAUAACAAAGAUGCUUUUUAUCACUACUGUCCCACAGAAAAUUCCAAGGGUUUUAGGAGCUCUGUGCUAGGUGCUGGGAACAAAGACCAAAUGUAUAUUUCCUAUUAUACUAACUAGGAAACUAUCUACUAAAUAAAGGCUUAUUUCUGGGCUCUCAGUUAUAUUCCACUGACCAAUAUUUGCAUGAAUACAUAUCCCACACUGUCUUGAUUACUGUAGCUUUGUUGUAAAGUUUUAAAUUGGGAUGUGUGAGUCCUCCAACUUUAUUCCUUUUUUCAAGAUUUUUUUUUUUUAAACUUCUCUGGGUUCUUUGCAUUUUCAGAUGAAUGUUGUGAUACAUUAGUAAAUUUCUGCAAAGAAGUCAGCUGGGAUUUUGAUGGGGAUGUAUUGAAUCUGUAGAUCAACUUGAAGAGUAUUGCCAUCUUAAUAAUGUUAAGUCUUCUAGUCUAUGAACAUGAGUUAUCUUUCCAUUUAUUUAGAUUUUCUUUAAUCUCUUUCUAUGAUAUUGUGAGAUUUUCAGUGGACAAGUCAAACUUGUUUUGUUAAGUUUAUUUCUGAGUAUUUUGCUCUUUUUGAUGCUAUUAUAAAUGGAAUUAAAAAGGUUUUUUUUUUCAGAUUGUGCAUUGCGAGUGUUUAAACAUCAGCAAUUGAUUUUGGUAUAUUGAUCUUAUAUCUACAGUCUUGCCGAUGAUGACUCUCAGUUUUAUUGUUCAGAGUGUUGUGUCAUCUCCCUAACUUCUUUUUCCAGUAGUGUUCCCCUGCCCUGCUGCAAUUAUUUUAAAAAGUAGGUAGAUUCACCUAGGAUUGAGGUUUUGCAAGAUAAGGAUGUUAAAAGAAUAAAGAGGAAUUGGAGUUUAGAAUAUUAGUAAAAGAGUGGUUAAAAAGAUAGGCCAUGGGAUCUAAGUCCAUUAAAGGUAGAUGAGAAAAGAGAAGGGAAGAUAGUUGGGGGAAAAAAAGAGGUUCAUUAAAGUAAAUUUGUUUUUUUACUUCAUUGGUAGCUUGUGUAAACAAGCUGAAAGAGUAAGAAGCUGUGGUCAGAGAAUGAUAUAUUGGAAUGAUUGAUAUGAGAGGAGGAGCAGUUCUGGAUAAUGACAGUGUUUAAGAUGAGAGAAUAGGUGAAUGAAAUUGUUUGAAGUAGAAAGCAACUGUAGAUGAAUGCCUAAGAAAUGAAGAGGAGAGGAUUUUGAAUGGCUUAUCUGUAUGAAUGUUGAAGUAAUGGAGAUGGUGGCAGAAUUUGGAAUUGAUAGGAAAAGAUUCUUAAGUGACCAGAUGUUGCUAUAUGAUAUAUGCCACGAGGAGGGUUACAAAGUGUUAUAACUAGUUGGCACAGAUACUUCUAUAAGAGAAGAGAAGAAUAAUGAUGCAGAUUUUGGAUGGAGAAGGCACAGACUCUCAAUCCUCAAGUACAUUUGGUGUGGAAAAAUUAGUAAUUUCUACUUAAGUUUUUUAAGAAGCAAGAAUUUUUUAGGGUAAUGCAAUAUUUUUGUUAAGACCAGGAAGUAAUUAUAGCAAUGAGUGAAGAAGUUGAGGAUGUAGGGGAGUUUAUGGAGUGUGAAUUCUAGAGGAACUAGGAAGAAUCUGAGGUCCAGAGAAUUUAGGUGACUAGCACAUGGAUAAUAUUUUUAUAGUUCACAAAACUUAUUUCAAACUCUAAAUCACACAGCUAGAAAGUGGAGGAGCUCUGGAUUUAAACCCAGUUUGUCUGUUUCCAAAGUCCAUGCUUUUAACUGAUAUGACUGCAUAUAGCAAGGAGUCAUCCUGUGGCGUUGUUUAAAAUAUCUGAUAAUAUACAUGAGGGUGUUAACUCUAAUGACAGUACAAACUUGGACUCUCCUGUUGGCUCAGUGAAAGUUGCCCCAACAGAAAUGAGCAAAGGGGAAUCAUGGAAAUGUAGCAGUAGUAAACAGAAAUAUCAAUAUUCAGACAUUAACAUGUUUACAGCAAGCAAUACUCUUUCUGCUUCUGAAAUCAGGGAAGAGAUAUUCAAAACACCAACUUUUGCAGUUGCAUCCCAGCCUCAUGAAGUUCAAGGAGUAACAGAAAAUGAUACAGAUUCCUUGAAGGCUGUCACAGAAAUCCCGGCAAAAUUUAGAAGUGUUUUCAAGGAAUUCCCAUAUUUCAACUAUAUACAAUCCAAAGCUUUUGAUGAUCUUCUUUACACAGAUAGGAAUUUUGUGAUUUGUGCUCCAACUGGUUCUGGGAAAACUGUAGUGUUUGAACUAGCUAUAACAAGAUUAUUAAUGGAAGUCCCAUUGCCAUGGUCAAAUAUUAAAAUUGUUUACAUGGCACCAAUAAAAGCCCUGUGUAGUCAGCGUUUUGAUGAUUGGAAAGAAAAAUUUGGACCAAUAGGAUUGAAUUGUAAAGAACUCACUGGAGAUACAGUAAUGGAUGACCUAUUUGAGAUUCAGCAUGCCCAUAUUAUUAUGACAACUCCAGAAAAAUGGGAUAGCAUGACUAGAAAAUGGAGAGACAACUCUUUGGUCAAGCUGGUUAGACUCUUUCUCAUUGAUGAGGUACAUGUUAUAAAAGAUGAAAAUCGUGGACCAACUCUUGAAGUUGUAGUUAGCAGAAUGAAAACUGUACAGUCUUUAUCUCCUGCUUCUGAAAAUAGUGGCAUAAUUACUUCAAUGAGAUUUGUAGCUGUAUCUGCAACAAUUCCAAAUGCUGAGGAUAUUGCAGAAUGGCUUUCAGAUGGUGAAAGACCUGCGAUAUGCCUGAAAAUGGAUGAGAGACAUAGGCCAGUGAAACUUCGUAAAGUGGUUCUUGGAUUCCCCUGCAGAAGUAACCAAACUGAAUUUAAGUUUGAUUUAACCCUCAACUACAAAAUUGCCAGUGUUAUACAAACAUACUCUGAUCAGAAACCUGCACUUGUGUUUUGUGCAACAAGGAAAGGUGUACAACAGGCUGCUUCUGUUCUUGUGAAAGAUGCUAAAUUUAUCAUGGCUGUGGAACAGAAACAGAGGUUACAGAAGUGUGCAUAUUCCAUAAGAGAUUUGAAACUGAGAGAUAUGUUAAUACAUGGUGUUGCUUAUCAUCAUGCUGGUAUGGAGCUGUCAGAUAGAAAAGUAGUUGAAGGAGCUUUCACUGUUGGAGAUCUACCAGUUCUUUUUACUACCAGUACUUUAGCUAUGGGAGUAAAUUUGCCUGCUCACCUAGUAAUUAUAAAAUCUACGAUGCAUUAUGUUGGAGGAAUGUUUGAAGAAUACAGUGAAACAGAUAUUCUACAGAUGAUUGGUAGAGCUGGUCGACCUCAAUUUGACACUACAGCUACUGCAGUUAUUAUGACUCGGUUAAAUACAAAAGAGAAAUAUAUUCAGAUGUUAGCUUGUAGUGACACUAUAGAAAGCAGUUUACACAGACAUCUUAUUGAACAUUUAAAUGCAGAGAUAGUGUUACAUACCAUCACAGAUGUGAAUAUUGCUUUGGAAUGGAUACGAUCAACUUUGCUUUAUAUCAGAGCCUUGAAAAAUCCAUCUCAUUAUGGUUUUGCAUCUGGAUUGAACAAAGAUGGAAUUGAAGCAAAAUUACAAGAAUUAUGUUUGAAGAAUCUGAAUGAUUUAUCAUCUCUGGACUUGAUAAGGAUGGAUGAAGAUGUUAAUUUCAAACCAACAGAGGCAGGAAGAUUGAUGGCUUGGUAUUACAUUACAUUUGAGACAGUGAAGAAAUUUUGUACCAUCAGUGGAAAGGAGACUUUAUUAGAUCUGGUCACAAUGAUAGCCAGCUGCAAGGAAUUUCUAGAUGUGCAGUUAAGGAUAAAUGAAAAGAAAACACUGAAUACUUUGAACAAAGAUCCAAAUCGGGUAACAAUCAGAUUUCCAAUGGAAGGAAGAAUUAAAACAAGAGAAAUGAAAGUAAAUUGUCUUAUUCAGGCUCAGCUAGGAUGCAUUCCAAUUCAAGACUUUGCUUUGACACAAGAUACCUCAAAGAUUUUCAGAAAUGGCUCACGAAUUACAAGAUGGUUAUCAGAUUUUGUGGCUGUUCAAGAAAAGAAGUUUGCUGUACAAUUGAACAGUUUGAUUUUAGCUAAAUGUUUUAGAUGCAGACUUUGGGAAAACUCUCUACAUGUAUCUAAACAGCUGGAAAAAAUUGGUAUAACAUUGUCAAAUGCAAUGGUAAAUGCAGGUUUGACCUCCUUUAAAAAAAUAGAAGAAACAGAUGCAAGAGAACUUGAACUGAUUUUAAAUAGACACCCCCCUUUUGGAACGCAAAUAAAAGAAACAGUGAUGUAUCUGCCAAAAUAUGAACUUGAAGUGGAACAGAUCGCAAGAUAUAGUGACACCAUCGCAGAAAUAUUAGUGACCAUUACAUUAAGAAAUUUUGAACAGCUACAAACUAAAAGAACAGCACCAGAUUCUCACUAUGUUACCUUAAUCAUAGGUGAUGCAGAUAAUCAGCUGGUUUUUAAGCACAGAAUUAUGGAUUCUGUUUUGCUAAAAGCUGGAAAUUGGACUAAAAAGAUUGAUGUGAAGAGAGCUUUUAAUUCUGAAGAUCUUAGCAUAAAUCUAAUUAGUUCUGAAUAUGUUGGACUCGAUAUUCAGCAGAAAUUUUCAGUCUUUUACUUAGGCUUUACGAAGAGGCCUGAAAAUCAAAUAGUUAUGCGAAAAAAAUCAGAAACAGAGAUUUCCCAUUCUAAACAUUCAAAUAGAUCUACAAUAGCAGGACCCAAUAAAGGAAUGACUGCUUGCAAAAAACCUGGGAAUCGAGAAUGUAAUCAUCACUGUAAAAAUAAACAUACAUGUGGACAUGACUGCUGUAAAACUGGAGUUGCACAGAGGUCAGAAAUGAAAGAGCCAACAAUCUCUUCAUAUUUAUCUGAUUUAAGAAAUAGGAAUGCUGUUUCAUCACUUCCUCCUGUUAAACGUCUCAAGAUGCAAAUGAAUAAGUCUCAAAGUGUGGACCUUAAAGAAUUUUGUUUUACUCCAAAACCUUCUCUCCCCAGUAUAUCAAGGUCAGAGUGUUUAAACAUACCUGAAUUGUCUAUAAUGGAGCAGAGGGAUCAACAUGAAAUCUGUGCAGAAUUUCAACAAGAACCAUCAGAAUAUCAAGAUAAAGAUUUCUCUAGAUGGAACUAUCCUAUAACUUCAGAUGAGAAAGCCCCUCAAACAGUGCUGUUCAACAGACAUCUUAAUGCAUCUGGAAACCAGAAUUUGAAAGAUGUGGAUAAAAGUAAUACUCCAUUCUCAAAAGUUUUGAAUGUGAACUUUGAAUUGGGAGAUGAAGUUUGGGAUGAUUUUGAUGAUGAGAACUUAUUAGAAGUUACCAGUUUUUCAGCCAGUACUGAGAAGACAAAAACAUCAGGAUUUGGAAACACUUUGAGUUCAAGUACCGAAGGAAAUAAGCUAUUCCUCCAGGAGUCAAAGAGCAAAUUCCAAGGAGAAAUGGCAAAAAGUUUUGUUUCAUCGCCUGAGAAGCCAGAUGUUUAUUUAUCAAAUUCUCCUGUGUUCAAGUUUGAUCCAUCCUCCAUGAAAAAAUCACCUCAACAAGCUGGAAAUGCAAAUAUUGUCUAUUUACAAGAAAGAGAACAACAAAGCCUGUCACCGGAAAUUGAAAGGCUGUGCUUUACUCACUCUGAAAAAAUACCAAAUUCUUCACAUUUUGUUAAGAAAGUGGAUUUCUUUAUUAGAAGCAGUGAAUGUAAAGAGGAAUUUGAUUUCAGUAGGUAUCAUCCUGAUGAUGAAGCUGAUGAAAUGAAGUCUUUUCUGGGAAUAUUUGAUGGUAUUUUCUAAAAGAAACCAAAAAAUUCAUCUCCUAUUAAUAAGAUAAGGUAUAUAGACACCCGAUUACAAAGCAUGCGUUUUAUAUUUUUAAAGUAGUUCAUAAUUGUUCAAAUGUUUUUCUCUUGAAUUUGACCAGUUUUGUUGACUUAUUUGUACCAAAUCUUUGGAUUGAUUUAUUUUCCUAUUGGAGCUUCAUGAAAAACACUUUUAUAGUGGCUUUGUUUCAGUAAGCUAAAAAUUAAAUUGCACUUAAAUGUAUCUUGAUUGGAUUUUGACAGGAACCAAUAAAAGUACAUUUUUAUAUUAAGAAAUUCUAUGAAAACAAAAUAAUGCUAGGUCAGUGGAUCAAUUUAUUAUAUGGAUUAUUCACCAAUAUUGUUUUGUUUUACUAAAGAUUUUUAAGAAUCCAGUGGCUGUCUGAACCUCUUGUUUUCUAUAACUUUAAAUAAUAAUAAAUGAAACAUUAAUCAA